AGCGCGAGGAGCGGUGACCUCGGUGCAUUUUGUAUGGGUUAAAAAGGGUGUUCCUUGGUGCAGACCUAGCGAAAAAGCCUCACGGCAGCCGAAUGGAAUCAGGCUGCAUCCAGACCGCGAUGGCUAUGGGGCUGACAUCGAAAAAGGCAUCUUCUAGAAACGUUGGCGUGGAGCGCAAGAAUCUCAUCACUGUUUGCAGGUUCUCAGUGAAGACACUUCUCGAGAAGUACACCGCAGAGCCCAUCGAUGACUCGUGUGAAGAGUUUGUCAACUUCGCUGCCAUCUUGGAGCACAUCCUCAGCCACCGAUUCAAAGGCCCUGGCAGCUGGUUCAGUUCCGAUGGCCAGAGGAGUUUCUGGGACUACAUCCGGCUGGCGUGCAGCAAAGUGCAGAACAACUGCAUCAGCAGCAUUGAGAACAUAGAAAACAUCAGCACCUCCAGAGCCAAGGGUCGGGCAUGGAUUCGUGUCGCUCUGAUGGAGAAGCGUCUGGCUGAGUAUGUGGCCACAGCCUUGAGAGACAAUCGCACAACUAGGCGUUUUUAUGAGGACAGUGCCAUCAUGCUGAGAGAGGAGGCCACAGUGUUGACGGGAAUGCUCAUCGGCCUCAGUGCCAUCGACUUCAGCUUUUGUCUGAAGGGGGAGGUUUUGGAUGGCAAGACCUCUGCUGUCAUAGACUACACGCCCUACCUGAAGUUUACUCAGAGCUAUGACUACCUGAGUGACGAGGAGGACAGGCGCAGCGUGGACAGCAGUGCGAGUGAGGAGAGCGUGUCGGAGCACCCUUACAUCCCCCUGGUCACCGACGAGGAAAGCUGGAGCAACAAGUGCCGCAAGAUGGAACAGCGCUUCAAGAUUGUAUAUGCACAGAAGGGCUACCUGGAGGAGCUGGUGCGUCUGCGCGAGUCGCAGCUGAAGACGGCGGAGACGGAGAACAAGAAGCUGAGCUCGCGACUACACGAGCUGGAGAUGCAGAGCCAGGAGGAGAAGAAGGACCUGGAGUCCAUCAUCCUGGAGCUACAGGCUCAGCUUUCGGCCCUUCUCCCCAGUGACUCCUCCCACUUGACCAAAAACCUGUGUAUCCCCUUGGUCAACCAAUGGUCUUGCGCACGCUCUGACAACCAGAAAGAUGUCAAGCUGUUUCGCCGGAGGAGUCUGGACAGUUUGGACCAUCUCUCAGCUGAGAUGAGCCUGAACUCAGAUUCCCAGAAGACUGACGGUAAACAAAAUGGAGAUGCUGGCUGGUGUACAACCGGUAAAGACUACACUCCCUCCAUGCUGGGGCUGUGUGGCUCUCUGGCCUCCCUUCCCAGCUGCAAGUCCCUGGCUAGCCUGAAGUCCAGCGAGUGCCUGGUGAACAUCAGCAAGGAGCCCACGCCUGCCGUCUCCCCCAGCUAACCUGGCCUCGGAGUGGGCAUGAGUGGAUCUGCGCUCCCCUCUCCAAUUACUCCAUCACCACCACCACCACCCUCUUUGAAGUUCUGCUCAUUCAUCUAAUCUACACCAUCCACCACCCACCACCACUAUCUCCUUGACCUAUGAGCAACCAGUCUCUCUCGUUCCCAUCUCUCCCGUCUCUCUCUCCAGCCUCCCAUCCCCUUUUCUGAUAUUUUCCUCCUACCCACAACUUGUCAGAUCUGACAAGAGUGAGUCAUGCACUUUUGAAAAAAGAAGCUUGUACAUUAUGAUUAUAUGGUUUCUUUCUUUUCUGGAUUUUAUUUUUUUUCUGUCAAUAUAAAUAAAUGUUGUGAAAUGUCA